AUGAAUAUUUCACACAUAAUAUCAUCCAUUCAAUCAUCUCGUUUGCGCCAUCUUUACAUAGCUGCUGGUUCAGCCGCAUUUUUUGGCUUCAUAUUUGGUUUCGAGAGUGGAAUUAUAACAAAUGCUUCAUUUUACAUGCAACAUAAUGAAGCUAUGCAACCUAUCAAUCAAACAUUUCUUUACAUUUUAACGGUUAUCGCACCUGGAGCAGCAACAAUAGCUUCCUUAUUAGCUGCACCAAUAAGUGAUCAAUUCGGUCGUAAAAAGGCUAUUUUGAGUGCAAUUAUAUGUGAUACCAUUGGAGCAUUGGUGUGUUCCCUUUCGACAAAUAAAGAAAUGCUUGUUGUUGGACGAAUUAUAAUUGGUUCUGCAUUAGGUUUUGGAUCAAGCGUUGUACCGGUAUAUAUCAGUGAAAUAUCAUCACCUAAUUAUCGAGGUUGCCUUCUCACAUCGUUUCAAAUGUUUAUUACAUUUGGAUUAGCAUCAGCAAAUAUUGUUGCAGGUAUAUUAUCUCAUGUAGAGCCUAUUUAUACUGGCUGGCGUUUAAUGCUUAGUUUCACAGUUGUUCCAACUUUAAUUCAAUUUACCGUUUUCUCAUUUAUGCCUGAAAGUCCACGAUGGUUAUGUGCUAAUGAUCGACAAAAAGAAGGCAUUCGUAUAACACAAUGGCUUUAUCGAAAUGAUGAAAAACUUCAACAAGAAGAAAUUGAUCGUUUGAAUAUUUAUAUUGGUUAUAAGCAAAGGCUUAAAGAAAUGUUGCGAGUAAUAAAUUUCUUGAGCACCAUAAUUCCAAUGCUAAUCAUUGAACGCUUCGGUCGACGGAAAGUACUGCUUAGCUCAGUCGCAGGUGUAACUUUUGCGCUCGUCCUUAUGGGAGUUUCAUUCGGAUACGUUAGUCGUGAUUCCGUAAUUGCUCUAUCGCUGAAUGAAACCCUUCAAGAAGAAAUUCCAGAUUUCAUUCCAUACUUCAAACAUUGCGCCCAAUUUAAAAACUGCGAUUCGUGCACCAAAGAUGAACAUUGUGGUUUUUGCAUGUCCAAAAAUUCUUCAACUUAUGGUUAUUGUUUACCGGUCGAUCAAAAAGCACGCAUAACUGAAUUGAAAUCUUUGAUAGGUCCAUGCUCUUCCAUAAAUAGUUCAAUAGGUUAUGAUUGGAUGGAUGAUUAUUGCUCCACGGGCUAUGCUGUUUUACUUCUCAUUCCACUCGUAACUUUCAUCGUAUUCUUUGCUUGCGGUUAUGCGCCAUCUGCAUGGAUUAUUAAUGCGGAAAUUUACCCCAUGUGGGCACGAAGUAUUUGCGUUAGCGCUGCUGCAUCGUGCAAUUGGUUCUUUGAUAUCAUCGCUUCUACGUCUUUCAUCUUACUGAUUCGAACUGUUGGAAGAGAUUCAGCUUUCUUCAUAUAUGCGGCUCUUACAAUGGUUGCAUUUGUGUUCUUUUUCAUUUUUUUGUCCGAAACGAAAGGAACAAGUUUGGAGGAUUUGGAAAGGAAGGUUCAACUUAAUCGGAAAUCUAUAACACUCGCAGUGUGUUCCAAUUCAUUUCAACCACAAAAAUGUGAACAAAUACAAGGAUUUAAGUAA